ACUCACUUGCUCAGACUAACCAAUCUUCUCUCUCCAGGCAGGUGACAACAAUUGAAUUAGUACUACAGAGAACAAUCAAUUCUUGUUACCUCCUGCUUUGUCUUCAGUAUUUGUUUGUUUUUAUUUAUCUGUAUUGUGGGGAGCAAAAUGGCGGACUCGGGGAAGGCAGUGGUGCCUGAGGGAGUUGAAAGUUCCGGGGAGACACCCCAGGUAAAGCUUGAAAUGAAAGUGCAGCCUGCAACACCUGUGCCACUUGACCCUUUAGAGGCUGAACUGCGGGCCCAAGAGGAGAAACUCCGCUUGCAGACCCAGGCAGUUGAGAAUCUAAAGGCGGAGCUCAAGAAGAAGGAAGAGGCUGCUCAGAAAGAGGCCAGGAGAAAGAUCUUAAUUGCAGACAUGCAGAAGAUCAUGGGCAGCGGUUCUACCAGUCAGGUCAGUAAGGAUAUGGCGGAAUUCAUCCUUUUACAGGAUGAUAUUCACCGGUCCUACUUCACUAACUGGGAUGACCGGAUCUCUAGUCUGGAGACCAGUCAUUCAGCUUUGUCCAAAAAGCUGGAUGACAUUUCUGCCCAGUUGAACAGCAUCGUGACACAUCUGCAGAUUGCACCUGUUCAGACUGUUCCUCCACCUCCUGGCCCUUCUGCAGCAGACACCCAAAAGACCCCACAAUCCAGACCUGCAACUCCACCCUCUACACCCAGAUCAACAGCAGCUUCACAACCCUCGUCACCAUUUGAGUUUCAGCGGCCUAAGCUGACACCGCCACCCACGUUCUCAGGAGAGGACCCAAAGGUGGAUGUGGCAGACUGGGUUGCUGCACAGAGAACCUACCUGAGUGGGUUCAAAUGUGAUGAGGAUGUGAAGGUGUCAGCCAUCCUUGCUCGCUUGGAGCGAUCAGCACUGAAGUGGUGCACCUCUACCUCCAGCAAGCAAGGUAUGGAGAUGGCUGAUUGGGCGCAGAGGGUGGGGGUGGCUGGAUUUCUGCAGGCCGUGCAGGACCGGUUUGCAGACAAGGAGCAGGCCAGAAAGGCAGCAGACAAAAUUGUGCGCCUGGGCCAGAAGAAGUUUGAUGGUUCCUUGUCCAAACUGUAUUCCACCUUUGAGAGUCUGACAUCGACUCCUGGGUUGGAGAUGAGUGAGCAGGAUCUGCUCAUUCAUUCCUAAGGGCAGCGCUUGAGCAAUUCCAGCUUGCUCUUUUCUCUCAGGGCCACAAGGACUGGCGGUCCUUUGGCAGA